AUGGAGGACGGCACCACCUCUGCCGUCACAGGCAUCCAAGGCAAACUGGUAUGGUCACCCUCAGACCCCUCUUCUACCUCUAUGGACGCUUUCCGUCGCACAGUCAACUCUCGAUUCUCACUCAACCUCAACACUUACGAUGAGCUCUGGUCUUGGUCUUGCGAACACCUGAAUGAUUUCUGGUUAACAGUUUGGGAUGAAACUCGCAUUAUCUCGUCCCUGAAAGCAGACCGAGCGAUUGCAGACAAGGCCCCCAUCUACCCUCCUCCGAGGUGGUUCGAAGGAGCAAGGUUGAACUUUGCUGAGAACUUGCUUCGCCAUGGCUCUCCCUCGGCUGCCGUCAAUGUCGGUCAGAGGACUGCGGUCAUCCAAUCCACUGAAGUAGACACAACUACGGGCGAGCUGGAUGAAACUUCAAUCACCUAUCGCCACUUGUACCGACUGACAGCUCAAGCAGCUAGUGCGAUGCGCAAGAGAGGCAUCAAGGCGCAAGAUUGUGUGGCCUCGUAUUCUGCCAACAACAUCGAGAAUCUCGUGGCUUUCUUGGCCGCCUCAAGUAUUGGUGCAGUUUGGACGAGUGCAGCGGCUGAUUUUGCACCAGAGGGAGUACUGGAGAGGUUGCGAACCGUCCGACCAAAGAUGCUGAUCAGUGUGAAUGCGGUCAGGUACAAUGGUAAGGUUCAUGAUCAUCUGAACAAGCUUCAAAGUGUAGUCGACCGUCUGGAGAGCGGUAGGGAGCAAGGGGAGCAGGCGUUGGAGGCGGUCAUUGUGAUUCCCCAUGUCAAGUCCCACCCUGCUCCUGAGACCUCUGCUGCUGCAACCGCCGGGAGUGUUUGGACUAACUGGCAAAGCUUCCUGGCUGAAGCAAGUGCAGAUGCGGACCAAGAGAUCGAGUUCGAACAACUCGACUUUAACCAUCCCCUUUGGAUCCUCUUCUCGUCGGGUACUACUGGCCAACCGAAAGCGAUUACGCAUAGAGCUGGUGGAAUGCUCAUCCAACUCUCUAAAGAACAUUUGAUCCACGGUGGACUGACACCAGAGGAUGUAUUCUUCCAAUACACAACUACCGGCUGGAUGAUGUGGAACUUCCUCAUUGCCGGACUUGUCUCUGGCUGUUCCAUCGUUCUCUAUGAUGGAUCUCCACUCAAGCCAGCUUCUGUUCUCUGGACAUUAGCGGAGAAGCACGGUGUAACAACAUUUGGUACUUCCGCUGCUUACCUCGGUGCUCUCGAAAAGAGCGGCUAUGAGGUCAAAGCGAACCACGGCAACCUCAAAGUCCGUCAGCUCUUGAGCACAGGCUCGCCUCUUCGCGCGGAACUUUACCCUUACAUCCACUCCAAGAUCGCAUCGGAUAUCCUCAUUGGUUCGAUCACAGGUGGUACUGAUCUGUGCUCUCUCUUCGCCGGACACAAUGUUGCUUUGCCUGUCAGAGCGGGUGAAAUCCAGGCAAGGAAUCUGGGUAUGGCCAUCUCAGUAUACGAUUCAGACACAUCUACUGAACUCACAACCCCCAAUACUGUCGGCGAUUUGAUAUGCAAGAAACCUUUCCCUGCACAACCACUCGGCUUUUGGCGUCAAGCCGAAAGCAAGUAUUUCGAUUCCUACUACAGUCAGAUCGCUCAAGUUUGGUAUCAUGGAGAUUUCCUCCAGAUCUCCCCGCACGGUGGCGUUGUGAUGCUAGGCCGAUCAGACGGCAUCCUCAACCCAGGCGGGAUUCGUUUCGGUUCUUCGGAAAUCUACCAACUUUUGGAAUCGCCAGAGAACGCUCUGCAAUCUUGCAUCACAGACUCACUCGUCGUUUCCCUUAAGACUCCCGCAGGCGAUGAUGAGGUGGUGUGUCUAUUCAUCCUCCUCAAUGCGGCAGUAAAAGUAAAUGUAGAAGAGUUCAAGAAAAGCUUAGUCGGCUUGAUCAGGAGUAAAACAAGUGCAAGACACGUUCCUAAGUUUAUCGAAUUCGUUUCUGAUAUCCCAAAAACGUUGAAUGGAAAGAAGGUCGAAGUGCCAGUCAAGAAGAUCAUCAACGGCGCUGGAUUGGAGGCGAUCAAUAAGGCUACACUCUUGAAUGCCGAGAGUUUGCAACAGUUUGUGCGGUUGGGUGAAAAGUUGAGGGGUCAGUUGAAGUGCUAG